AUUGUAUUAUAUUUGGAAUUUUGAUUAAAUUCGCGUCUAGCCUGGAUACACGUACAAUGAUGGAUGCAACGCAGUUAACAGAGCUAAUUGGUAGUCAUGACUUCAUGCAGCUUCAGCAACAACUUCAUCACAAUAACAACAACUAUAAUACAGAUGGACAUAAUGGGCUAUCGCCGGAAUCGGCGGAACGAAGUUCGAGACCCGUCCGUCGAGCAACACGAAGAACUUCACAGUUAAGCAAUAAUACUUACGAUCUGGAGAUGACCGAUUCGAGUUCACAAAGCGACGACACAAGCGGCGGAGGUGGCAGCAGCAAUGGGGGUGGGAGUAGUACCAACAAUAACAAUAAUGCCAACCUACAAGGUAAUUCCCAGAGCAAUGCAAGACCCUCGAGCCGGACCCGCCAACAGUCUAGCCUUUUACCGAACAGUGCAAACUCUUCCAACUGCAACGGAAACUCAAAUUCCAAUUCGAAUCGGCGCCGGAAAGGAGCUUUAAAUGCCAAGGAGAGGAAUUUGCGUCGUUUGGAAUCGAACGAAAGGGAGCGCAUGAGAAUGCACAGUCUCAAUGAUGCAUUUCAGUCCCUGCGAGAGGUGAUACCCCAUGUGGAAAUGGAGCGGCGUUUAUCAAAGAUCGAGACACUAACUUUGGCCAAGAAUUACAUAAUCAAUUUGACGCACAUCAUACUGUCCAAGCGGAAUGAAGAAGCAGCUGCCAUGGAACUCAAUGGCGGAGCAGUGGGUGGAGUCCUGCUCUCCAGUUUAACCGCCGAGGCCAACGGAGGAACGAACAGCACUGGCAAUCCCACCAACGCCGCUUCCUCGAUAUGCUUUGAUGACGCGUUGGCCAAUGGUGGAGGUGGUCCUGUGGCCGGUGCGUAUGAUUGUGCGAUUUUGGCUGCCACAGAUGGGAGCCUACUGAUGCAGAGUCUUCAGACGCCGCAACCAAUAUGCAAUAUGCAAACGCCACUAGAUCAGCAACAAACAUCCCAUCACUCAGCACAUCAUCAUCAUCAGCAGCAACAACAACAACCGCAGCAAACUAUGCAUAGUCAUUCCCUAAUGGGACCUACGACCUCACCCAACCUAAUGCUUCCCCAGCAGAAUUCUCAGCAGCAGCAGCAGCCCACGCUCUUACUCAAUGGCUCACCUACAGUUGGAGGAGUGGCUAAUGGCUCAGCAGGACCUUUUGUAGAUGUCAAUGAUAAUUUCGAUGAACCAUUUCGAGAAUUUCUAUAAGAACAGCGAAGAAGGCUUGCAUUUUGGUCUGUGGUAAAUGGAUAGAAUUUAAAAAACAAAAACACAUAAUAUUUAAGAACCUUUGGGAGUGGAAUGGCAUACAGUAAGACUUAAUUGUGUAACUUAGUUCCAGCUCUAUA